AUGCGCGCUCGUGAUCGUCGGUUGGCGCGGAGCGCGCGCCCGAACUUACAUAACGGGGAUAGCAGCGGCAUGGCCGCGCGCGUAUCGGUCGAGGGCGCAGGGCCCUCAUAUGCAUCUGUGCUUAACUUUAGAGGGGGGGACAGUAAUAAAGAAAACAUCGAAGCCUCUGAGGAAGUAGUGGAUGUGGCACCGCGGCCAGACGAUGAGGAAGAAGAAGGCUUCGUGCCAGUGAUCUCCCACGGCCGGCGACAUGGUAAAAGUCGUAAGGAACGGGAGCGCAGGGCACCUCCUCGCCCUCACAAGGCUCCCCAGCCUCAUACUGAGCCACAACCAACCCCAGAACAGCAACAGCAAGCAGCUGAAGCUCAACCGAAGAAAUUUGUGGAGGCACCUAUACCCAAAGUUAAUCCUUGGCAGGUGCGCGGAGGCAGUACUGGUGUUCCACCGCCAGCACCGCCAGCCUUGCAAGAGCAGGAGAAGAGGACUCCCUUACAGCCACAGCAGCAGGGAAGGGCACAGCCACCGCCAGAACCCGUCGUGGCGCCGCCAGCACCUAAACCCGCCGUCGUGAAAGCACCGAAGAAUGCCAAGAUCAACCAAAAAGUAUGUUGUAAUUAUCUAUUUAAAAAUAAACAACUGCCUUGUGAGAGUACGUUUUAG